AUGAUUCAGUUCCAUCGUAGACACCAUCUGAAACAGACGCGUAAUCGAACAACGCUAGAACAACAUGUGGCCGUGCGUAAGGCUAUUAAUGGUAGUAAUCUUCAUAGGUGCUGCUCAUGGGUAGGAACUUCUGAGCUCUGGUGCUUUCUGUGUUCAGUGAUAAACAUUAGUGUAAAAAUAAUUUGCCCUCGAUUAUUCUAUUUCAGUAUACUGGUCGUGGGUCCUAAAUUUAUUCGGGCUAACCAAGACUAUACGGUUGCCAUCAGCAACUUUAAAUCGAAUCUGACCAAUGUUAACUUAAUAUUACGUAUCGAAGGCCAUACGGACGAUGGAAGAAACGUUCUUAACGUAACGAAGAUGGUUAAUAUGCCGAACAAUGUGAAUAAAAGAAUCUUCUUUAAGAUGCCUAAGGACUUAUCAUCUGGAUUCUACAAAAUUAUGAUCGAAGGACAGCGAGGCUUUGCCUUUUACAAGGAAGCUACUUUGGUGUACCUUGGAAAAUCCGAAUCUGGCUUAAUACAGAUCAAUAAACCAGCGUUCAAACCGGGCGAUACAGUUCAAUUUCGUGUGAUUGUGUUGGAUACCGAGCUGAAGCCUCCAUCGCGUGUAAAAACAGUUCAAGUGACGAUCCGUGAUCCUCAAAACAAAGUGGUCCGAACGUGGCCCUCGGCUGAAUUGUACGCCGGAGUGUUUGAGAAAAAUCUUCAAAUCGCGCCAACUCCAAUGCUCGGUAUAUGGAACAUCUCGGUACAGUUGGACGGAGAAGUACUCGUGUCCAAGACAUUCGAGGUGAAAGAGUAUGUGUUGUCUUCGUUUGACGUAGAAGUUGUGCCAACCGUUAUUCCUCUGGAGGAGCACCAAGGACUGAAUCUGACGAUAACAGCUAACUACCAUGUUCGAAAACCGGUGAAGGGUUUGGCCAUAGUGGAGUUGUAUUUGGAAGACGAUAAUUUGUACCAGCAAAAAGAGUUCGAAAUACACGGCAUUCGACAUGUAGAGAUCCGAUUCUUUCGACUCUUGGAGAUGCAGGACGACCAACAAGAUGUACGUGUAAAGACGACUUUCAUCGAGCAGAGUUCAAAUCACACCGUGGUGAAAGAAUCUCAAAUCACAGUCUACAAAUAUAUGUACAGUGUGGAGUUGAUAAAAGAUAUACCUUACUUCCGUCCGGGACUUCCCUUCAAGUGUGCGCUUCAGUUCCGAUACCACGAUGGAACACCUGCUAAAGGUAUCACCGGUAAGGUAGAAGUGAUGGACAUCGAAUACCAAACCAAUGCCACAAGUGACGAUGAAGGUUCGAUCAAAUUAGACCUGAAUCCGACCGACAAUAUAGAAGAGAUGUAUAUAACCUUUUCUAACCAAGACGGAUUCUCUUUUUACGAGCGAGUUGACAAAGUGAGUGGCGUUACGAAUGCGUUUUUAAAACUGGAAUUAAACUCACUGAUUAAGAAGAACAAGUUAUUGCAAUUUUGGGUAACGUCUAACGAACAAAUGACAUUCUUUGUGUACUACGUGAUAUCGAAGGGCAACAUCAUUGAUGCCGGUUUUAUCAGUCCGAAUAAGCAGAAUAAAUAUCCACUUCGCUUUUUUGCCACGGAGAAGAUGAUACCGAAGGCGAAAGUUAUCGUAAUGACUGUAGUAAACAAAACGCUGCUGCACGACGUUUGGGACAUUGAUUUUGAUGAGCUUCUUAACAAGAUUAAAAUGAGCAUUAACAAGCAGGAAGUUAAACCAGGACAGGAAAUUGAGAUUCUCAUGUCUGGACGACCAGGAUCGUAUAUUGGAUUAGCUGCGUACGACAAAGAUGUGUUGGACUUUAACCAGAACCAUGAUUUGUUCUGGAAGGACAUCAUGCGAGUGUAUAACGGAUUCGGCCUGAACGUCGAGAAUGAGUUUGACAAGUUUAGUAGUAUGGGAGUGUUCGUAACGACGUUGGAUGACAUCAAAUUCAAUGAAGCCCACGAUAUGUUGGCACGAGAAGGACUGUAUACAGACAAUCCCAUAACUAAAUUAGCCUUGUACCGGACAAACUUUGCAGAAUCGUGGUUAUGGAAGAAUGUGACCAUUGGAGGGUCUGGAACGAACAAGAUGAUCCAGGUAGUGCCGGACACAAUCACAUCUUGGUACUUGACGGGAUUCUCAAUUGAUCCGGAGUAUGGUUUGGGUAUUAUCAAAAACCCCAUUCAGUUCACAACGAUUCUACCGUUCUACAUCGUUGAGAAUCUUCCGUACUCCAUCAAACGAGGUGAAGUCGUCGAAUUGCAUUUUACACUGUUUAACAAACUUGGAGAAGAGUACAACGUAGAAGUGACUCUGUACAACGUGUUCAAUCAGAUGGAAUUUGUUGGACGACCUCUGGAAGAUGAAAGUUACACGAAAUCCGUGAGCGUUCCCCCCAAAAUUGGUGUUCCAAUCUCUUUUCUGGUAAAGGCACGAUCACUUGGAGAGAUCACUGUACGGAUUGAAGCUACGAUCAAGUCUAUACAAGAAAGGGAAGGACUGGAGAAAGUGAUCCGAGUUACGCCAGAAAGUUUGCUACAGCUAAAACAGGAAUCUCGAUUGUUUUUCUUCGAUACAAAGACCAAUCCUACCUUCCUUAUUAAUUUAGAUAUACCAUGGAGGAAGGUAGACAAAGGUUCGGUAAAGAUUAUGUUCCGAGUGAAUCCCAAUCUGCUUCAAACACUUACUAUAACAAACUUGGAUGAUUUGCUUACUGUCUCGUAUGGUAAUGGAGAGGAAAAGAUGGUUACCUUUGUACCAAACAUUGUUGUGCUCGAUUACUUGCAUGCUAUUGGUUCGAAGGAACAGAAUCUCAUCGAUAAAGCUACCAGUUUGUUGCGCCAAGGGUACCAAAAUCAGAUGCGUUAUCGUCAGACAGAUGGUUCAUUUGGUUUGUGGCAAAAAUAUGGUGGCAACGUCUUCCUAACCGCUUUCGUCGCGAAAUCGAUGCAAACUGCGUCGAAAUAUAUAAGCGAGGUUGAUGUGGCUAUGGUCGAAAAGGCUUAUGAUUGGCUUGCUUCAAAGCAACACAGCUCGGGAAGAUUCGAUGAGGUUGGUUACGUGAUGUACCAAACAAUGCAAGGCGGUCUACGUAAUGGCAUUUCACUGACAUCUUUCGUGGUAACUGCACUUCUUGAGAACGAGAACGCCAAAGUGAAGCACGCGGCAGUGAUCCAAAAGGCAAUGAAUUACCUUAGCAGUAAGGUGGAAGACAUCCAAAAUCCUUACGAUCUGUCCAUUGCGACCUACGCGUUGAUGUUGUACGGACAUGAAAAGAAGACUACAACAUUAAACAAGCUCAUCGGUCUUUCUACUCUCAGAAAUGACGGUAACGAUAUGGAACGGUACUGGAACACGAUGAACAGCAUAGAAGCGACCGCUUACGCGUUGUUGUCAUUUGUACUAGCGGAGGAGUAUGUGGAAGGUAUUCAGGUGAUGCGAUGGCUAGUGAAUCAACGAUACGUUACCGGAAGGUUCCCAGGCACUCAGGACACCUUCGUAGGACUAAAGGCACUGACAAAGUUGGCGGAAAAAAUCUCUCCCUCGCGGAACGACUACACCAUACAACUGAAUUUUAUACAUCGUAUGUCAACAAAAUUGCCAACCAAACAUUUUCGCAUAAGCUCGCAAGACAUCAAUAUUACCGACUUCGAGGACAUACCUGAGGACACAAAGUCUGUGGAGACCACUGUUGGAGGAAUCGGAACUGGAUUGUUGCAGGUGAUCUAUCAGUACAGUUUAAAUCUCGUGGACUUCGAGCACCGAUUUCACCUGAAUGUAACGAAACUGAGUUCUGACUACGAGCUGCGGCUGACGGUAUGUACAAGCUUCAUUCCACAAUUGACGGCUCAGCGUUCGAACUUGGCGCAUAUUAAAGUUGCUUUCCCUAGUGGAUACGUUGUCGAUCAGAAUCCGAUCAGCGAGCAGACUUCCUUCAAUCCAAUAUGGGUGAGAUGUUCUUUGAAAAUGAAAAAAAAUAAGCAAGACCUCUAACCAAUGCAACCAUUUACAGAACACCGAAAUUAGGUACGGCGGCAGAACCG